AUGCGUGCGUGCCAGAUGUCUUCGGAGGCGCGGUGUCCGGCCGGAUUCAGCUGCUGUGCGGGUGUUGGUGGUGCUUCGUCAACGAGGAGUGGUGUCGUUGUUGCUGCUACUGUUGUUGUUCCUGCUACUGCCGAUGAUGUCUCUGCUGCUGCCGAUGAUGUCUCUGCUGCUGCCGAUGUUGUCUCUGCUGCUGCCGAUGUUGUCUCUGCUGCUGCCGAUGUUGUCUCUGCUGCUGCCGAUGUUGUCUCUGCUGCUGCCGAUGUUGUCUCUGUUGCUGCCGAUGUUGUCUCUGCUGCUGCCGAAUGUUGUAUUGUUACUAACGCACGUGUUCGUUCUGCUUCAGGAAUGGUCUGGGACGAAAUCGAGAACGAAGACAUUGUUCUUCAGGACCGCCUUUCCGAUGUAGAAGCCGCCCUUCCCGUGGUACAGCUUGAACUCCUGGGUGGUACUGUCGGCUUCCAGAUGUAUGCCUUUCGCCAUCAACUGACUGACGCUCAGUAA